AUGGUGUCCAACCUUACCCAGAGCUGGCAGAAGUGGGUGUCCGAGAUCAAAGACAAGCUGGCCAAGGAGCCUAUCAGCUGGGCUCCUGACCCCCUAAGAGAGCUUUGGGGCGAACCACCAAAGACACCAAGCACCACUAAAUUAGGAACCUGUCAGAAGAAGGUUUGUCCCUGUCAGGAUCCCACUGCUGGCCACCACACACCUGCUGCUCAGAACAACACUUCAGCUACCAAGCAGGAGUCUCAAGACAUCUCUAAACCUGGACAGACAGACAGCACUGGGUCAUCCGGGGAGGCCAUGCAGAGGGAUAGUGACGGCAUCUCACCUAAAGGGGAAGUUGAGUCAUGGGUGAGGGUCAAAAGACCAGCUCAGAGCACAAAGGAGUUGGAUGACGCCAACAGGAUCAACGCUCUCUCAAAGAAGUACAGUGCCGUGGGCAAUCUGAAAAGCCGCUGGCAGAACUGGUCCUCGACGAACACCGUCAACCAGAAGCUCAACCCCUUCAGUGAGGACUUUGACUAUGAAUACUCCAUGUCCCUACGCCUCCACAAAGGCGAGGAGGGUUACGGACGCCCCAAGGAGGACACCAAAACAAACAGCCGAACGUGCCAUGGUGAGAUAGCCGACAUGUGCUAUGUGAUCAGGACCAUGAACGACCCAGAUCCGGACGGCAAGACCCACGUCACAUUCAGAGAACUGUUUGAUAGAUACGUACGUGUCUCUGACAAGGUGGUGGGGAUUCUUCUGAGAGUCAAGAGGCAUGGGAAGGUGGCGUUCGAGGGGGAGAUGCUGUGGCAAGGGCAGGAUGAUGGUGUUAUCAUCACCCUGUCGGUGUGA